AUGGCUCUCGAGCUUUACAUUCCGCCGUGCAUUAUUACUCACGGUGCCCAUUCCCCGCCAGUGGAACAGCCGCUCAGAAUCCAGAUUGGGGGACCCCUUGUGUCUAUUCAAAAACUCCUUCCGAAGACACCGUGGGAUGCGGAACCCCUGUCUCCGGUGUUUCCACAGCCUGCCGGGCCCAAGCUGGCAAAGCUGGCAUUUCAGAAAAUAUAUGGGCGGGAAGUCCGUCCUGAGAUUGCUGGUGACUUUGUAGUGCGUGAUGAAUACCUAGGCUGGGUGACAGAGGUGAGGCCGUUAAGACAAAUUGACUACUACGGUGUCACAUUUGACCAUCUCGUUCCUGCCAACGAUCCUGACCCUGAGAUCCUGCAGAUCAACAUCAACGAAUUGGAUGACGAUGAUGGGGCAUACGCAAAUAAAUAUCUUCUAUUUGCAGUAGAUGCGGCUGAAUAUAAAGGGAAGAAAAUUCUUGCCGUGCCCAGAUGCUGUCAGAAAAAGAAGGCGACGCAAGACCGUGGUAGAAUUAACGAUAGUGGCCGAGCGGGAUGA